UCCAUGAAAAUAAAAAGCUGUAUUUUUAAUGCAGCAGAAUGAGGACAUGAAACUUUGAAAAUUAAAUUAAUAUUUGAUUUGUGGGGAGAAAAGGGAUGAACACCCUCUCUCACCAAAACUAACCAUUAUACUGUGAGCAGGGUUGAAACCAAAGAACAAAAACGUGUGUUGUUUUCUUUUGUGAGCAAAAGAAGAAAGUGAUUGUAACACUUAGUGGAAGUGAUAGUUCUGCAUUUUGAUGACAUUUCAGAGGAACUACAAUGGCCAACAAGGGAAGUCCAAAGCAUGAGAAGAUGCAGAAAAACCUUUGCACACAACUUGCUGUUGCAGUGAGAAGCAUUCAGUGGAGUUAUGGGAUCUUCUGGGCACCUUCAACCACUGAAGAAAGGGUGCUGGAAUGGAGAGAAGGGUACUAUAAUGGAGACAUUAAGACAAGAAAAACUGUUCAAGCCAUGGAAUUGGAAAUGAAGGCUGAUAAAAUAGGUCUGCAGAGGAGUGAGCAACUGAAGGAACUAUACAAGUUUCUUCUUGCAGGUGAAGCUGAUCCACAAACCAAAAGGCCUUCUGCUGCAUUAGCUCCAGAGGAUCUCUCAGAUUUGGAGUGGUAUUACUUGGUUUGCAUGUCCUUUGUUUUCGGUCACAAUCAAAGUAGUUUGCCUGGAAAAGCUCUGGAAAUUGGUGACACAAUCUGGUUAUGCGAUGCUCAACAUGCAGAUAGCAAAAUUUUCUCUCGUUCUUUGCUAGCAAAGAGUGCGUCAAUUCAGACCGUGGUAUGUUUUCCAUAUCAGAAAGGCGUUAUUGAGAUAGGUUCAACUGAACUGGUUAUCGAGGACCCUAAUCUCAUCCAACAUGUGAAGGCUUGCUUCUUAGAAAUCUCAAAGCCUACAUGUUCUGAUAAAUCUUCCUCUGUGCUUGAUAAGCCUCAUGAUGACAAAUAUCCAACAUGUACCAAGGGUGACCACAGGGUGUUUGAUGCAAUGGCUCUGGCGAAUCCAUGUUCCCUUGACAAGAAAAUCAAAUUUGAUAAUCAUGAUCCUGUCAAUGGAUUAGAAGGUGAUAACAAUGAAGAUUCUAACAUGGAUUUUCCUGAUGGUUGUGAGCACCAUUACCCUAUGGAAUCCAUGAUUGAUGGUAUGCAUGGUGUGCCCUCUCAAGUUCAUUUUGUGAAUGAUGCCUUAGUCAUUGGUGCUCCUGAUUCCCUGAGUUCUUGUGACUGCAUGUCUGAAGCUUCUGAGAACCAAGGCAAGGAUUCCAAGAAUGAAGGCCAAACUCAACUUUUGGAACUUCAAGAUUGCUAUAAACCAAAAAGAGGCUUCUUGGAUGCUGGAGCUGAUGAAGACUUGUGCUACAUCAGAACACUUUGUGCUAUUUUGGGGAACUCGUCAACAUUUAAGGCAAACCCUUAUGCCGGUAACUCAAACUGCAAAUCUAGUUUUGCAAAAUGGAAGAAAGGUAGAGUUUCUGAAAGGAAGAGGUCAAAGUUUCACCAAAGCAUGUUAAAGAAGACUUUGUUUAAGGUCCCCUUUAUGCACAGAAGUUACUUUUCCCGCAAGUCACAGAAAGAGAGUGACAGAAUGGAAUGGACUAGUAAAUUGGAAAAUGCUGGUGAUGAUUUCAUUGGAAAAGCAUUAACUGAUAAGAAAAGAGAAGUUAAAAACUUCCAGGUUCUCAAAUCCUUUGCUCCAUCUUCUAUAAGUGAGGAGGAGAAGAUUUCAAUUCUUGGUGACACAAUUAAGUACUUGAAAAGGCUUGAGACUAGAGUGGAAGAGCUAGAAUCUUACAUGGAAGUUGCAGAUGCUGAAGCAAGAACCAGGAGAAAAUGCCCUGAUGUUCUAGAACAGAUGUCUGAUAACUAUGGCACCAGAAAGAUUUGCAUGGGAGUGAAACCUUGGAUGAACAAGAGGAAGGCCAGUGGUUUUGAUGAAAUGGACACAGAACUAGAAAGACUUGUUUGUGAAGAAGCAAAGGCAUUGGAUGUGAAAGUGAAGGUAAAGGAGCAGGAGGUUCUGAUUGAGAUGAAAUGUCCUUACAGGGAAUACAUACUCUAUGAUAUCAUGGAUACCAUUAACAACCUACAUUUAGAUGCUCACACAGUUGAAUCAUCAACAAGUGAUGGUGUUCUCUCAUUGACACUUAAAUCUAAGUUUCGAGGAGCAGCAACAGCACCACUGAGGAUGAUCAAAGAAGCACUCUGGAAAGCAUAUGGAAAUGUUUGAUGUGCCUGUUUGGAUUUCUGAUGAUGGUGUUAGUAACAGUAAAUACUUGUAUGAUUAAACAACGUUGUAACUGUAGAACAUUUAUUUGCUUGCUAACAGAAUAUAUGUUUGUCCUGUGGUAUGAACCUUGAUUUUUGUUUUUGUGCUUAAGAAUACUGAUUUCUUGUUACCAUAUUGUAAUUUAACUUUCUGUGAUUUUUGAAUCACUUCAACCA